CUCCCUGUCCCCUUCUAACGCAAAUAAACCCCUCUCCUCACUUCUCUCCCUCAAAACUUCACUCUCUCUCUCUCUCUCUCCCUCUCCACAAACACACACACAUACUCUUUUCCCCCAUUUUUCUCUACACUUUCUCUCACUCACUCUCUCUCUCUCUCCCAUCCUUCAUUCCCUGCGUGUUGUGUGUGUGUGGAGAAGAAGAAGAAGAAAAAAAAAAUAAUCCCGAUGGAAGCCGCCCCCGAAUUCUUCGAAGCCGGCUACUACGACGCCGUCUUCACGCCGGAGAAGCGCCUCUCCGACGCCAAGAACGGCGACCAUUUCGCCGUCGACGACCUCCUCGACCUCCCCAACGACGACACUCUCGACGCGGCCGUGACCGGGCCCGCAGCCUCCGCCGACUCCUCCCCCGUCGCCUCGGCCGUCGUCGCCACCCCCGAGCCGCAUUUUUCCGCCGCGGACAUCGGUGGCCCCCGCGUCGCCGCCGGCGGCUGCGGCGGCGGCCACUUCUCCGGCGAACUCUGCGUCCCGUAUGAUGAUUUGGCUGAGCUAGAAUGGUUGUCGAAUUUCGUUGAGGAAUCAUUUUCAAGCGAGGAUUUGCAGAAGCUUCAGCUCAUACAAGGAAUGAAGGCCCGAAACGACAACGUUUCGGGCCCAAUUCAAUACCCACUCCAGCCCGAAACAACUGCAACGGGCCCCACGCUGCGGCCCGAGCUGUCGGUCCCCGCUAAGGCCCGGAGCAAGCGGUCACGCGCCGCCCCGGGGAACUGGACGUCCCGCCUCCUUGUGGUGGCACCGACCUCGCCCGUCGCCACGAAUGCUGUGCCGGCUAUGUCGUCAUCGUCGGAGUCUGACGCCUCGGCCGCCACCGCCAGGAAGGCGGCCAAGCCGGCAGCGCAGAAGAAAAAGGAAGGGCACGACGGCUCUAGCGGCGGUGGCGAGGGGCGGAAGUGCCUCCACUGCGCCACCGACAAGACGCCGCAGUGGAGGACCGGGCCCAUGGGCCCAAAAACUCUUUGCAAUGCAUGUGGAGUGCGGUACAAAUCGGGCCGGUUGGUGCCCGAGUACCGGCCCGCAUCCAGCCCAACCUUCGUUCUGACGAAGCACUCGAACUCCCACCGAAAGGUGCUCGAGUUGAGGCGGCAGAAAGAGAUGCAGAAGGCGCAGCCGCAGUCGGCUGCGCCUUCGUAUUUGCACCACCACCCCCACCAUCAAAAUGUGGUGUUUGAUGUAUCGAACGGUGAUGAUUACUUGAUUCAUCAACACAUCGGGCCCGAUUUUAGGCAGCUGAUUUAGAUAUAGUUCGAUAAUGAUGAUAAAGGUAUUAUUUUUUAUUUAUUUUUAUUGGGGAAGAUACUAUUUUUUUUGUCACAUUGUUAUUUCAAUUAGGACAUUAAUUCCUAACUCUAGGGGAAAAAAUAGAAAAUAGGAUCUAAUGUCCCUUGUAGUCUUUUUCUCUUUUGUUUUGGCAAAAGAUUGGCAAAUUAUUGGAACGUUUUUGUUUUUUAA